AUGAGCACUGAACAGAGGACCCUACACCUGGUUGGCAUUGGUGUCACUCACUCCAUUGCCCCUGGUAUGCACAAUUUCAUUGCCAAAUCACUCGGGUUACCAUGGACGUUCCAUAAUAGCGAAUGCCCAACACUAGACGAAUUAGAUGAGCUCUCCAAGAAAGACACAACAGCUGGUCUCGUUGUGACCAUGCCUUACAAAAACACCGUCAUGCCCAAGCUGGACCGGGUGGACGAGCUGGCUACCGCUAUUGGGGCUUGUAACAACCUUUACUACGAGCCGGGCAACCCGCGUCAGCGCGUCGGCACUAACACCGACUGGCUGGGUAUCAGAGGAUGUCUUCUUGAAAAGGGCGAUGAAUCUCGCCGUGGGACCAAGGAAAGUCCUGUCUCUGGCUUGAUCGUUGGAGCCGGAGGUGCCAGUCGCGCUGCGGUUUACGCCCUUGCCUCCCAUCUCCACUGCUCCAAGAUCUACGUCCUCAACCGAGAUGACAGCGAAGUUCUCGACCUCAUCCGGGAUUCCAAGAAGUUGCCCGUCGUGCCAGAGAUUAUUCACAUCAAGACACUGGAGGAAGCACAAAAAGCCGACACCCCUUACUACAUCGUGGGGACCGUUCCAGAUCUGGAGCCCAAGACGGAGACUGAGAAAAAUGUCGCCGCAAUGCUCCUCUCAUUCUUGCACAAGCCCGAAAAGGGUGUUUUGCUAGACAUGUGCUUCAAACCUCGGCGCACAAGAAUGAUAAAGUUGGCGGAGGGUCUCGGCUGGCCUUGUGUCGAGGGCACUCAUGUGAUUGGGUAUCAGAUAGAGCGCCAAUGGUCACUUUGGGCAGGAGAAGAACGAGUGAAAAAGUUAAACAAGGAGGGCGCCUGGAGCUGCCUUUUGCAAGCGGCAGAGGAGAGCAAGUUCAUCAACUUUUAG